CUCAAAUACUAUUGACUAUUAUUUUAAUGGCGUCAACUAUAUUGCGUAAAUUUUAUCAACAGUCUAUUAGAUGUAUACAAAAUGUGACAUCAGUACCAAUUAAAACUGUUUCAAGUUUAUAUUCAACUGAUGUGGAACCUAAACAGAAUAAAUUAAAAUCACCUGUAAAUUCAUGGAAUGAAUGGGAUCCUUUGGAAGAAAUCAUUGUUGGAACACCAGAAUAUGCGACAGUACCACAUUUGUUACCUGAAGUGAAAACUUGUGCUGCAAGUGCUAAACACAAUUUCUACAUUCAAAAUGGAGGUAAAUAUUGGGCUGAUGUUAUACCAAAAGAACAUUGGCAAUUGUUAUGCAAACAAGUUGAAGAUUUUGUUAAAAUGCUUGAAUUAGAAGGCAUUAAAGUUGUUCGACCUGAUCCAGUCGAUCAUAGAAAGUCAUAUAAACUUCUUGAUUUUGAAACACAAGGCUUCUAUGCUGCUAUGCCAAGAGAUUUCUUAUUAAUUGUCGGUGAUGAAAUAAUCGAAGCGACAAUGACUUGGAGAUCAAGAUAUUUUGAAUAUUUGGCCUAUAGACCACUUGCUUUAAAUUAUUGGAGACAAGGAGCCAAAUGGACAAUCGGACCUAAGCCAACAAAUUUUUCCAAAUUAAUAAGAGAUGAACCUAUUAAUGUAGGUCUCAGUGAUGAAUAUAAUCCAGAUUAUGGAAAAGUGACAACAGAAAGUGAACCAUGCUUUGAUGCUGCGGACUUUAUACGUGCUGGACGGGAUAUUUUUGCACAAAGAAGUCAAGUCACAAAUUUAUCAGGAAUCGAAUGGGUUAGAAGACAUUUAGAACCUCGUGGUAUAAAAGUUCAUAGGCUUUCAUUUGUUGAUCCAAGACCAAUGCAUAUUGAUGCAACAUUUACUUUAGUUAAACCUGGUAUAGCUAUUCAAAACCCUGAUCGUCCGUGUCAUCAAGUUGAUAUUAUCAGAAAAGCCGGUUGGCAAGUUAUCAAUGCACCACAACCAUUAAUGAAAAAAGGUGAGUACAAUACAUUUUAGAUCGACCGAAUAUAGUUACUGAAAUAGUGGGAAUCACUUAAUUGCAAACGUUUAGCAGUAAACAAGUAUGCCGAUCGAACAAUGUAGAUUGGCUAGAUAGAACGAUAUCUUAACAGUUCAUAGACUUGAUUUUUAAUCAGUAGACGGCAUAUUAAGCUUCGAUUGAAACUGUGUAAUCACAUUAGCUAUCAAACAUUGGUGUCUUUUAUAAGUGAAUACAGAGACUUCUACCAAAGUAAUAAGUUACUUUAACAAUUAGUAUCACUACAUUUUUAUUUUCAUUAUUUAAUAUUUGAAUAUAUCUUAAAUUUAUUAUUAUGGUUGAAUAGCAGAGAUUAAUUACUAUUCUUAAAAUGUUUCAAAAUACUCGCUCAGCUAUAGCUUAUCUGAGAGUAAAUGGUUAUCUCGGACGGAAAAAUUCACUAUCUCCUUAUUUCAAAGGCUAAAUAAAGAAGUAUUGUCAAUACACUAUAUCUAAGGUUUUUAGAAAGAGUAUAUCUACACGGUAUACUAAAAUGAAUGUAGAUAAAGAAAUAAAUAGCAGAAUCAGUAGCUACGAAAAUUGUAUGCGGUGUAGAAGCGACCUGCAGACACAGGUUAGUAAUCAUGAUUCAUUGACAAAUAAUUGGAAUAUUCAUUACUUUAUUUGGUAUUAAAUAAUAGAUUGAUUUGCUAUGAAAACUAUCUGUCUUUCUUAUUCUUAUGUUUUGUGUGCAAAUCAAUUAGUUUUCUAUCAAUCAAGUUGACUUUAUGGAGCGUCCUUCAAAUAGCCUUUACACUUCAUGUGAUUCAUAGAUAGCAUCUGAGUACCGAAAUACAAAAUAUACAUGGUCGGUACUGAGGAGGUGCACUAUGCAAGAGUAAUAUAAAGUAAUUAUUUUCUAGUAUCAGGUUUCAAUCUGUCAUAUUCCCUGUCAGUGAGAAGAUUUUGAAAUAUUGAGCAUAACCUUUUAAAAUAAAAAAAAGGAAGUUUUAAUGUAAAAUAACUCCCUACUUUUUAUUUUUUAAUAUAUAGAUCAUGAAAUGUGGCUUGGUUCCAACUGGUUAUCAAUGAAUGUCUUGAUGCUAGAUCAGAAUAGAGUAAUUGUAGAAUCUGAAGAGACAGGGAUUCAAGAAAUGUACAGAAGUAUAGGAAUUAAACCAAUCAAUGUAAAAUUUAAAUAUGCCAAUUCGAUUGGAGGAGGGUUUCAUUGUUGGACGUGCGAUAUAAGACGGCAAAGUAAACUUGAAUCAUAUUUCGACUGGUCCAAAGGUGAAAUACCAAGAAUUUGAAAUAUAUAUAUUUGCAAUAAACGGAUGUAAAAUGUAGAGACGUUUUUGAUUUUCUUUUUGUAUUAUUGUUAUUGUUAAAGAUAAAUAUAAUGUAUUUGACUUGUAGAAAUACAAAUAUAAUCUAACAUUAAAAUUA